AUUGAUCCAAAUUGGAUAUUUUAAAAAUGAGUUGUCCUUCUAUGAUAAAGAACACACAACCUUUUCACAACCUUUAAUUGCAUCUAAGUCAAUAGUAAUGAAUGUAAUAGGUUAAGAAAAUUGGUUUGGUCUUCCAAAGCCAUGUUCUCUGUCCAGUGCUGUCUGAGCACCUGCAGUCCUCCCCAGUGGAAUCCAGUGCAAUUGGAGUAGAACUCCUUUCCUUGUAUGCCAUGCCUGUUAGCUGGGCAGCUGUGGAAGUGCAGGGAGAAGAAAUAACGCAUCUGAAAUUACACAGAAAUUCCAGUAUAGCUGCCAGUAUCCCUGCAAAUUAAUAAGUCAUAACAAAUCCUAAUGAGCUGUGGAGCAGGAAAAAUAGAUACUAAGUUUUUCUAGGAGGAAUGAACUGGACACCCUGAUCAAAGUACACAAUCACUUGGUUGGUACAAGCUGAUCAUGGGGAUCCAGGCACAAAUACAGAAAACAAGGAAGGAGAGAUCUAGUUAAUAAGUAAUUCCUCACCAUAAUGCAAGUUUGAACAUCGAAUAAAGUCUCCCAGCAAUAAAGACAGUAUCUCAGCUGAAAAACUCUCCAGCACAAGGAUAUUACUCCUUUCUCUCACCAAGAAGAAAAUGAAAAACAAGACAAGUGCUCUUCCCAGAGAAGGAGAAGCCCAGCCUUCCAGGUGUCCAGAUAACAGUGCAUUCAAACAGCAGAGGCUGCCAGCUUGGAAGCCCCAGCUCACCAUUGCAUCUGUGCUCUCCAGCUUCUUUCUGACAGGGGCAUUCUGCCUCGCUGUGGGAGUCUGCCUUGUCCUGUCUGCAAACAGCGUCAGAGAAAUACAGAUAGAUUAUUCAGAUAAAUGCUCAGAUUGUUCAAAGCUCCGUGAAAAUUCCUCUAACUGGAAUAAGGAAUGCCACUGUUCUAUUAAUUUCACACUAAAGGAAGAUAUAUUGGGUGAUGUUUUUAUGUACUAUGGUCUGCAAAACUUCUAUCAAAACCACCGUCGAUAUGUGAUAUCAAGAAGUGACGCGCAACUGUUGGGCCGAAAUGUAAAUAUCCAGAGGAGCUACUGCGCGCCCUUCAGCACCUACAGGAACGGGACCCCGAUGGCGCCAUGCGGGGCCAUUGCCAACAGCAUGUUCAAUGAUACUAUUGAUCUGUUUUACAAUUAUAACUCAUCUGUGAUUCAAGUGCCACUGCUGAAGACUGGAAACAGUUGGUGGACAGAUAAAAAUGUGAAAUUCCGCAAUCCUGAAUCAUACAAUCUCUCUUCUGCAUUUGCAGGGACAGCCAGACCUCCUUACUGGCAGAAACCAGUGUAUCUGUUGGACGAGGAAGAUGAGAGGAACAAUGGCUAUGUGAACGAUGACUUCAUUGUCUGGAUGCGAGUGUCGGCCUUCGCGACGUUCAGGAAUCUCUACCGGCGCGUCAGGCGCGUUCGGCGCUUCGCGGAGGGCCUGCCAGCGGGGAAUUACACCUUCCAGAUUUCCUACAAUUUCCCUGUUACCAUAUUCAAGGGGAGGAAGCAUGUGAUUCUUUCAACCGUGGUGUGGAGCGGCGGAAGGAACCCAUUCCUGGGAAUUGCCUACCUGGUUUCUGGCACAGCAGCAAUCCUGACAGGUUUUGUCAUAACUGGCAUCCACUUAAAGCUCAGGAAAAAGAAAACAUACUUUCAGAAGCAUUAAGUUUCAUGUUUCUGAACAAAGAAGUGUGCAGUGAACAAAGAAGGUGCAGCACAGACCUUUCAGUCUUUCCCCUGAGCUCCGGACCAUUUUCAGUGUCAGGUUGGGUGAAUGCAAGCAAGCUGAGGGGCAGGGCUAGUCCAUCACCUGAAACGAAACUUACCUGUGGUACCAUUCUCAUUAAUGUACGUGUGAGCCUAAAUUUGUUUCCUAGGAAACUUGUAGUGAGAUGAGCUUCAAACAGCAGAUAGCACAGCAGAUGAGGAUUGCAAUGGCAAAGAAAUUAUGUGGUACCAAUGUUUGGCCAGAAGUCAGGGUCCAUGUUAAUUUAUUACUCAGCCUAUAAUUCAGACAACAUUUCUCUUAACUGGAAUGGAGCUUUGGAUGGGUAAAACGUGAAGUCUUGAUCCAGCAAAAAGCUUGAGUAGGUAGACCUUAUUGCUAAAAUCUGCUUGUGGGCCACAUACAUGUGCCUAAUGGCUCAGCUUGAGUUUUAUGUGCCUUUUUCAGUUAUGCUGAAAAAGCAACCAGUUUAUAUCAGUGCAUUCACCUCAGUUUGACACCUGAUUUGUGGUUGAAUACAGGGCAUUUAUCAGGAGUUCAGAGUUUGUUUAGACCAAGUUUAUUUGAUUUAUCUAGCAGCUGAGAGAUGGAGGGCAUCCAAUCAUUUAUUUGCAUUUUUUUAAAUUAUGGUUCGAUAGAAAUCCUAAAUGAAAAGCUCCUUUAAUGCAAAAUAUUUUAGCAGAACCGUAUACCUAAUUUAACUAUUAGGCCAAAAUUGCACUCUACCUAUCCCAUGUGAAAAUCCACAAGUUCUUACAUGACACAGAAUGGUAAUUUAUUGUCAAUAAAAAACAAAGCGCCA